CGCUGUUUCCUCUAGAGCCAAUAUCUCCAAAACUCUUCGUCGUUAGGGAAAAGAGUGGUGCUAGAGAGAUGGAUGGCCGCAAUCUGCUGGGUGAUGUCGGAGGAGCUGCGAGAGCGAACCAGAACAAGGCCAAGAUCGUCAAGAUAGCGGUGCCUGUGCUGGCCAUGUUGCUGCUGUUCACGGCGGCGGCCGUCUCGACGACGCCGGACGACCGUGCCUGCCUCCGCGCCUUCUUCCGCCGCGACAUGUUCCUGGUGUUCUGCGUGUUCGUGAGCACCACAACGGGCUGUUUCCUGGCGUGGAUGGCCGUUAUGGCGCCGACGGAGGCUUCCCGGCGCUCGUACGCGUGGGCCACCGUCAGGUGCUUCGCGCUUCUUGCCAUCAAUUUGUACUUCUCCUUGUCCAACCUCCCAGAUGUCGACGAUGCAGCUUAGGUUCGCUGCACCCUUAUGGAUGUGCCUGACGCAGGAUCAAAGAUGGAUCAUUUUGGAGCUUGGAGAUGCGCCGUUUCAAUCACUAAGUUAGGAGUUUGGAUUUUGGAAGGCCCUGCCGUAUGGUGUUCUAUGUUAGCUUAAUCUUCCAGUAUCGUUGUACUUGGGACAUGUCUAUCUUAGCUUCUUUUUCUGUUGUCCUCCUCACCUGGGUUUUAGACUGUCUGUUUGCAUCUGCUGCAUUAAUGAUUAAUCAGGAUUCAACCUCGAGUAUCCCUGAAGUAGUAGUAUGCACUUCGAAAGGGUUUGAAUUUUGUUUAUCUGAAGCUUUGAACGUUGGAAUGCAUGUGACUGAGGGAACUUCGAUAUUCUGAACCAACAGAGUGACU